CCUGCAUCGCCGAUGCAGGCCUGCGAAGUGGUGGUAGGUAGCACACUGCGUUCUAGCCCAGAUUUGCACCACCCACGUUGUCCAAUACCGUUCCCGCCGCCACCCCUCAGAAUUCCUACCAAUCCCACCGCUCCCAGUCAGAACCUAAUCCGACACGCAAUCAACCCAAUCCCCCCUCGCUUUCUGCAGCAGGGACUGCCGUCGCCGACAGUACAUAGCAGCAGCAGCAGCCUCGCUGCCGCCGUCGUCGAUCUCCCUUCAGCAUGGACAGAGAAUCUACCUCCGGCUUCAGGUUUCGCCGACCAAGCAGCAAGCUUCACAAGGAUCCGCCGCAGUUCAGUCGCGGAUUGAAGAGCCAGCAGAGCAAUCCAUCGCUCAAGAGACACCCCUCCGCCCCUGUUUACCCCCGCGGCCACGUCGGCGGCAGCAAAGAACACGCGCGCACCCGGUCAAACGCCUACGGCUCGUCGUCGUCCUCCCUCGAUCAGCAGAGUGCCAGUGCUGGCCACUCACCGGUUCUUGGAAACGGUGAAUUCACCCAGUCUUCACAGCCUCGCGCCGGCCGUUUUUCCUUUAUCAACGGGAAAAGCCCAGAUGAUUUGAUCGGUCCGCCCUUCGACACGCGGGCCAUGCUCAAUGUUCUCCAAGAGACGGAAUCAGUUGACCAAGAAAACCAAGAAUACGAGCCGGAAUCUGCUCAACGACCCCCGAGACUGCAAACAUAUCACACAAGCCCGGACCCCCGCAGUGUGCAGCCUCUGAGACAGUCGGCCAGUUUCUCCGCCCUGCAACCCCGCAUGGACACGGCACUCCCCCAGAUUCAAGAUGCGCCGAAUUCGAAGAGGAAUUCGGACGACGGGCUUGGCAUCAAACCGCGAAGGAAAGGGACAUUUUCGAGUUUCGUCAACAGCGUUCUAGGCUCCCCGCGCAAUAUCAAAAUCUCUGCACCCGAAAAUCCCGUCCAUGUCACCCACGUGGGUUAUGACAACCAGACCGGCCAGUUUACGGGUUUACCCAAGGAUUGGCAACGGAUGUUGCAAGCUAGCGGAAUAUCCAAGAAGGAGCAAGAGCAACACCCACAGACGAUGGUUGAUAUUAUGAGAUUCUACGAAAAGAACGCUGGUGGAUUGGGUGAUGAUGAUGAAGUUUGGCACAAAUUCGAUCAUGCCCACCCCCGCGAUUAUGAAGUUGCCAGCCCAGCACAUAGCCCAGUUAGUGGCAUGGCUUCUGCGAUGAUCGGGCCUCGCUUUCCUCAGAAUCACGAAGGAAGUUUUGAAAACCCACGCUCUCCCCCGCCGAUUCCAGGUGUAAAUUCUCCUCCUCUACCUGGCAUCAUAUUUCCCAACCGAGCAGCCCCAAAGCCGCCGACAGCUGGCAGUGGAAUGGUACCCUCUCGCCCACCCCCUCAACCCCCGGCUAUCAAAACUGCCCCUAUACCAGCACCUCAAGACCAGAAUAUCACCCCGACUAUACCUGAAGACGAGCCAGCCUCUAUCGAUGCAAAUCUUGCGCAGCAUGUUAUCCCAGGAGCCAUCAAUUCUCCUACCCAGUACCAACAGCAGCAGGAGAGGGCCAUGGCUGCUGCCCAACAAGCGAUCACAGACAAGCAAUUGGACCGAAGUCGCAGCCAACGUCUACAAGAACAGCAGCAUGCACAGCAACAACCCCAACGCUCAGAGCAGCAAGGUACACCUGUAACAGCAACGGCAACCCCAACCACACCGCAACAUCAGUUUUCCAACGCACAGCCUGCAAUCCCUCAACCACCACCGCAUCAGCAUCCUAGUGCAGUUGCACGUCCUCGCCCCCGUGCGAGACAAAGCAACGCCUUCGAUGUGCGAGCUAAGCUGCAGGCUAUUUGUACACCGGGAGACCCGACAAAGAGAUACUACAACUUGAACAAGAUCGGCCAAGGUGCAUCUGGUGGGGUCUUUACUGCAUACGAAAAUAACACCAAUAAGUGUGUGGCUAUCAAACAGAUGAACCUGGAUUUGCAACCGAAGAAGGAUUUGAUUAUCAAUGAAAUCCUCGUUAUGAAGGACAGCAAACACAAAAACAUUGUGAACUUUUUGGACAGUUAUCUGCACGGUCUUGAUUUAUGGGUGGUCAUGGAAUACAUGGAAGGAGGCAGUUUAACCGAUGUGGUGACUUUCAAUAUGAUGACCGAAGGCCAGAUUGCCUCGGUUUGUCGCGAGACACUCAGUGGCCUGCAGCAUUUGCAUUCAAAAGGUGUGAUACACCGAGACAUCAAAUCCGACAAUAUCUUACUUUCCAUGGAAGGAGAGAUUAAGUUGACCGAUUUCGGUUUCUGCGCUCAAAUCAACGACUCCCAAACCAAACGGAACACGAUGGUGGGAACCCCAUACUGGAUGGCGCCUGAAGUUGUUACCCGGAAGGAAUAUGGCCGGAAAGUGGACAUCUGGAGCUUGGGCAUCAUGGCGAUUGAAAUGAUCGAAGGCGAGCCUCCCUACUUGACCGAAUCACCACUUCGGGCGCUCUACUUGAUUGCUACGAACGGAACGCCGAAAAUCAAGGACGAACAUAACCUCUCGCUAGAGUUCCGGGACUUCCUCCAUUUUGCAUUACGCGUUGACCCCGAAAAGAGAGCCUCCGCCCACGACCUACUAAAGCAUCCCUUCAUGAUGACGUGUGAGCCCCUCGCCAGUCUUUCCCCUCUGGUCAAGUCAGCCCGCAUCAGCCGGGCUCAAGAAAAGGCUCAAAAAGGCGCUUGAACUGCGAUGAAUUAUAUAUUUCUGUUUUCAUUUUCUACGACUUGAUAAUACCCUGUGCCUCGAGGCGACAAUGACAUUCCAUUUGACUUGGUCUUUAGUUUCUUGACGGAAAAAUAUUACCCCUUUGCGGUUCGUCCCGCAGUUUAUACGCGAUUUGAUGAGAUGCUCAGCACCUGUAUGUGUGCUGUUCGAUUGGCGGUGUGAGUUUAUUGUUUGAGAUUCUGGAUAUAACUUUGUGGCUGAAAAAACGCCUGCUCUUCCACGCUCCCCAUCACCGGAGGGCUGUCAAUGUUGUGUAGAUAUAGAUUCACGGCGUCCAAGAUUGCUUCAGAUUGACCGUGAGGUUUGUCUCUUAUAAUUAUAAGACAUUUUCCUUGGUUUAACGUGGUGUAUAAACAAAUGCAUCGUAGUAAUCAAUUGAUAGUAGA